CUCUGAAACGGCUGCGUGAAGCUGCCAAUAGCAACGACUUGGACACGGUGCACCAGCUCCUAGAGGAUGGGACUGACCCCUGUGCUGCGGAUGACAAAGGCCGGACAGCUCUGCACUUUGCCUCCUGCAAUGGCAACGAUCACAUCGUGCAACUGCUUCUGGACCAUGGGGCUGACCCAAACCAGAGAGAUGGGCUGGGAAACACCCCCUUACACUUGGCUGCCUGCACGAACCACGUUCCUGUCAUCACCACGCUGCUGCGGGGAGGGGCCAGAGUGGAUGCUUUGGACCGAGCUGGCAGAACCCCACUGCACCUGGCCAAGUCCAAGCUGAACAUCCUGCAGGAAGGGCUCUCCCACAGCCUGGAGGCCGUGCGCCUGGAGGUCAAACAGAUUAUCCAGAUGUUGCGGGAGUACCUGGACCGCCUGGGGAGGCACGAGCAGAAGGAACAGCUGGAUGACCUCUGCUCCAGGUUACAGAAGACUAGCACAAAAGAGCAGGUGGACGAGGUUACAGACCUCCUGGCCAGCUUCACCUCACUCAGCCUGCAGAUGCAGAUGGAAAAGAGGUAA